GAACCUCCGUUCUCAAUAUUCAGCGACACAAAGAAGAAACUCAUUGUCUUGACUAUAUCCUUCAUCGGCCUACUCUCUCCCCUGUCUGCCAACAUAUACUUCCCAGCCAUCACUGCCAUUGCAAAAGACUUGGAUGUGUCCAAUUCAGACAUCAAUUUGACUGUCACAACAUAUCUGAUCUUCCAAGCGAUAGGCCCAACCUUCUUCGGUAACCUCGCAGAUGUCAAAGGCAGAAGACUAGCCUAUGUUAUCUGCCUCACGAUUUCUGUCGUCGCGAACAUAGCACUAGCUUGCCAACGAAACUACGCAGCCCUUCUCGUCCUCCGUUGUGUGCAGAGUUCGGGCUCUGCAGCGACCGUAGCCUUAGGUCAGGCUGUUGUUGCAGAUGUCUCAACUCGAGCAGAAAGAGGCAAGUGGGUUGCUUACGCUAGUAUGGGCAUCAUGUUGGGUCCUGCUAUCGGUCCUCUGGUCGGUGGGCUUUUGGAUACGUAUAUGGGCUGGCCGGCCAUCUUCUGGUUCUUGGCUAUCUUUGCUGGAGUCAUGUUGAUGGUGACGUUGACGUAUUUGCCUGAGACUUGCAGGACUGUUGUUGGCAAUGGCUCUGUUCCGCCGCAGAAAUGGAACCGAACGUUGUGGUCUUUUUUGAGGAAGAAAGAGGUUGGCGAACAGACCGAGACGCUACAGCGUGCGAAGAAGAGACCGAACCCUUUCUCUUCAAUCCUCAUCAUCCUCAAGAAGGAAGAUGGACUGAUCCUGCUCUACGGAGCGUUCCUCUAUGCCGGCUUCUACGUCGUCCUCAUCACCUUGACCGACCAACUCGCCGAUCGCUAUGGCUUCAACACUCUCCAAAUCGGUCUCUGCUACAUCCCCUUCGGUGUAGGCUGCAUGGCCUCACGCUUCAGCGUCGGCAUCUUCCUCGACCGCAACUACAAACGCCUCGCCCAAAAUCUCGAUCCCUCCAUCCCUCAAAACACCACCCAAGACCCAGAAAACUUCCCCAUCGAAAAAGCUCGCCUUCAAAUCGGUAUCCCAGCCGCCUACGCCUCAGCCCUCUCGAUAAUCAUCUACGGCUGGGUGAUGCACUUUCACACUUCCCUAGCCGGUCCUUUGAUAAUGCUCUUCCUGAUCGGCAAUUUCACAACUGGCGCGUUCAAUGUGUUUAGCACAUUGAUUGUGGAUAUAAACUUGCAUCAACCUGCUACGGCGAGCGCGGCCAACAAUCUGGCGAGAUGUGGGAUGGGUGCUGUGUUUACGGCUUUUGCUCAGCCGCUUGUGGGAGCGAUAGGGAUUGGGUGGACUAGUACGGCGGUGGCGGGGUUGUGGGUUGUGUUGUCGCCUUGUUUAUGGGCGGUUAUGGUUUGGGGUCCCAAGUGGAGGGCUGAGGAGAAGAGGAAAAUGGAGGAGAAGGAAGAAAAGAAGUGA